CCUAGAUGAGUGCAAUCUCGGCUCGGAUCGUCUCUCUCUGCACAGACUCUGUUUCCUCCCUCUUGGUCUUUAAUAUAUUUUUGCUGGAUUGGGUUCUGGCCUUCUGGGUAAGAGAAGGAGAAGAAACGAUGACUACUGACACAGCAAUGGACCUUCCUAAGAAAAUGAAACUAGGAGACACGAGUGAUAAGAUUCGGCGUUCAGCUAUGGAGUUUAAAAGAUGGGGUAGGAAAUAUCCAUUUCUCAGAUACGGGCUUCCUAUGAUUUCACUCACCGUUUUUGGUGCAGCUGGGCUUGCUCACCUCUUGCAAGGAAGUAAAGAUGUGGCAAAGGUGAAAGACGACCAUGAGUGGGAAAUUAUUGAGGCUAGGAAAGCACUAUCAAGAACAGGACCGGUAGAAGGUUAUAAACCUAAGAAGAUUUCACUGGAAGAGGAACUCAAGGCUUUGCAAGCGAAAGUUGACAUAAAUAACUAUGAGUACAAGAGAAUUCCUCGUCCAAAUGAGGGCAAGUCAAGCGAUAGUUAGGUCCUCUGUAUAGAUCUGAUUGUUACAGUGUAACACCUUCUCUUCUGUAUUAACAAAAAAGUAAUAUAAUAAAUACUAUUUGGCGUUGAGUUUCA